UCUAAACAAAACCAUAUCAUCCCGAAGACGUACGUCCUUGUCUCUGCAGGGCUGCAGUUGGGUGCCUCUGUGGGGCAGUUAGUUCCCCUAUGUAGUAUUUAAGAUAAUACUCCGUUCACUAGGAGGCGAUGUGGUAAUGUUGGGACAGUAUUGCUUCAAUACCUAAAGUCGCGAAGAAAUGCAAACGUAACCUAGUUAGUUAGCUAGCUAGGUAUAGUUGGCAUAGACGAGUUUGUUCUUCGGGAUUCACAAUUUGGUGCGCAUCGUCCCGUCCCCUUUCUGAGAGACAGCUGAACUUUAACCGGCAACAUGGGGGAGAGAAAAGGAGUCAACAAGUAUUACCCUCCAGAUUUUGACCCCGCUAAACAUGGCUCUAUCAACGGUUACUGGAACACUCAUCCGCUGCGGGAGAGAGCCAGGAAACUCUCGCAGGGCAUCCUUAUCAUUAGGUUUGAGAUGCCCUAUAAUAUCUGGUGUGAUGGCUGUAAGAAUCACAUUGGCAUGGGGGUUCGAUAUAAUGCAGAAAAGAAGAAAGUGGGGAAUUAUUACACUACACCAAUAUACAGGUUUAGAAUGAAGUGCCACCUGUGUGUGAACUACAUAGAGAUGCAGACCGACCCGGCCACCUGUGAUUACGUCAUCGUGAGCGGAGCCACACGGAAAGAGGAGAGAUGGGAUAUGGCUGAAAAUGAACAGAUUCUCACCACUGAGCGCAGUGAGAAGGAGAAGCUUGAAACGGAUGCGAUGUAUAAGCUGGAUCAUGGUGGAAAAGACAAAGAGAAGCUACGUGCAGCUAUUCCCUCACUUUCUGAGCUGCAGGAGCACCAGUCUGGAUGGAAGGAUGAUUUUCAGCUCAACAGUGCCCUACGUAGGAAGUUUAGGGAGGAGAAGAAAGUGAUAUCUGAGGAGGAGGAGAAAGACGAUGCUGUGCGUAAGAGGAUGGGUCUGUCUAUCCCUCUUUUACCGGAGAAGGAGGAGGACAAGAAGCUUGCCUCUCUGCUUACCUUCCAGAGCCCUGACUCAUAUGAUGACAGGCAGCAGACGAAGAGGCAACAGAUCUCAUCGCGCUCCUGGUUCGGCACCUCCUCCAGUCCGUCAGGGGGCGCCAUGGGGAGCCUACUGCAGCGACUUGGUCAGCGGGGAAGAGACGUUGCUGCAGCAAAGGCACUCAGUUCUACCCCGUCCUGUUCACUUAGCCUAGUGCGCAGGAAGUCGGAGGGGGGUAGCUCGGCACCCAACACCCCCAGCUCAACCCCGCCCACUACCGCCACCUCCCCCAGAUCACGCCCCCGCUCCCUUUCGAGCCCGGACAGAGCAGACUCGGAGACCACGUGCAUACAAAGCACUGACCUACACGCAGACACUCCCGUGGCACGGCCCUCUGUGGAGAGACUGCACAUGCAUGCACAAGGAAGCACGUCAGACACACACACACCUAACGCAGACGGGAGAGGGACAGAAGACACCUUCGUGGCCCUGCGUGAGGUUGUAGGGGACAGCAGUGGGAGGUCUCUAGUAGCAGACUACAGCGAUUCAGACUCGGACCCAGGACAGUGAGCAGCUCGGGCUUUGGAGCAGCACAAUUAAAAACACCACAAGUGUUGCAGGAUGACUAUUUGGAAUCAUAUAUUAGAGUGCGUUAGGCCAUAUCUUUUUUUUUUUUUUUUUUUUAAAGUAUGAGCUGACUUGCAGGCAGUUAAAACUUGACAUGUCUAAUACCUUUUCCCCAUUACCCUGUAAAUAAACUUAAGAUCUGGCUCUGCUGCAGUAACACACUCUUAAUAAAAAUCCACUUAUUAAAUCCGUAACCUGUUAAUAAAUCGUAAAAAGCGAUUUAUUAAAUAAUGUUGCUGUUGUACAGAGCUUUGUUUGUCUGUUAAUUUCAAGACAUCUGUAGUGGAAAUAAAAAAUACUAUGAUGUUCUAUGGACAAUGAUAAUGUAUAAAAAGACUCCUACAUGAGAACUGUAUUUAACUUGUUUCAUUGUCAAAUUAAUAAGUUUGUUUCAGUAGGUGGGAAAAACUCCUUUAUACUAAGCAUGUGAGUCAGGCUGGACAGCUCCAUUAUGUGACUGUCGUGAGCCUGUGCAGCAGCUGAAGUGUCAGUACUCCACUUAUUAACAUGUUGGAAUGUGUUGGCUGGUAUCAGCAAAUCACUAAGCAUUACGUUCUGAAUUACUACCAUGAAUAAAAGCUACUAGGAGAUUACA